GUUCUUGCAGAACAUUGCUGAAAUGGUUGACUGAAGCUGACUCGGAAAAAAGGGAGGAUGAGGAAAGAAAAGCAAGAAAAACUGCACCUGAGAAAUGAAAGAAAAAACUCUGCACUUAAGAAGGACAACAUCCCAACGUGGGUGGAUCUUAAUGCCAAACUUCAGAAACAGGUUACUCAAAUUUCUGAGUAUGUGGAAGGCAACAGGCAGAAAGCAGUCUCACGGAUGGACAGAAUACAACAGGAUGAACCAAACAAGGAACAUUGUGAUACUUCUCGCUCUGCUGCUGGUGUGCGCUCUCGCCGAAGAUGACCCAGAGCCUAUAUUCAGAGCACUUGGUGGGGAACUUGAGAUGGGUUUUUGCUUUGGUGAUGACAUUGCUGUGUACAGACUGAAUGCUGAAAAAAAGGAGCUAUUGGGUCAAUCCUCAAGUCCCUCAAUUUCACCACCUGAUGCUUUUAAGGGUCGGAUCAGUUUCUCCGAUGACGUUGAAGGUCUGCUUGGUCUGAAGAUCACAAAUCUUCAGUUCUCUGACUCUGGAACCUACAUGAGAGAGUGCUGGAACAAUGACACUAUGGAAAAUUAUCAUAAAAAAAAUCUCUACGUGUGUACUGAGGAGUUCGACUUACAGAAAAUUUCACUGACACCUGGAACAGGUGCAGAUCUGGUAUGUAAUACGGGUUCCAGAAAACACAUAACAGUAAAAUGGUAUAAAGACAUAUCUUUGUUCAUGGAUACUCAGAUUUCUUUGGAACCAUUACAACCUGAGCUUAAAAGCCUUGUCCAGGUGCAUGACAAAGGCUCAUCUUUACACGUUUCAGAUGAGUUUAUUCAGGACAGACCUCGUUUUUACUGCCUGGCUAUGGAGGGAGGGCAAUGCAGGAGUUUCCAAACCAUAGGACUACCAGAAGAUCCUGAGAUGAAGACUGUUUAUCGUUCUUUAGGAGAGCGCAUAGUUCUUGCAUGUUCAGUAGACCGCUUCAGACAGAGCCACUGGGAAACACCUUUUGGACAAGUUAACUCAUCUGCACCGUUACGUCUCAAAGGGACAAUCGAGAAUCAGAUGUCCGUGUCGAAAAGCAAGAAUUCAGAAGACUAUUCCCUAAACAUUCCCUCUCUCACUUCAGAACAUUCUGGGAGCUAUAAAUGUUUCUCUACCUUCCUCGUCGAAGAGUAUGUUGUGAAUGUGUGCCCUUUGCGUGAGUCAGCUGAUAUUUCAUUUUCUGCAGAAGAUAAGAAGGUGGUUCUCCAAUGUGACUUCAUGUCUUUACCAGAUUUUAAAGAUAAAGAGGAGUACACUAGCGUUCUGUGGUAUCGAAACACUGGUGACCAAGACAUCCAAAUAAUGGACUCAGGGGAUCCUUCUUUAAACCUACCUAAUGAUCUACAGGGUCGGUUAAAGUUCUCACAGACAUAUUCCUCUCUCACCUUUACUAAACCAAAAAAGGAGGACAAUGGGACGUACUGGUGCGUGGUGCUGCUGGAUGACGAGAGCUUUGUUGAUGAGGAUACUUCUUCCAAUGAUGACAGUGAAGAGGAUGAAGAGUAUGAGGUGGACCAUCAAUUUGCGAUGGAGGAAGAGUACAUGGACAUGUGUCUAUUUAUGCAAGUCACCAAUCUAAAAUUUCAGUCAUAUCGUAGAGCUCAGUCUAAAUCUGAGCCUGAACCUGAACCUGAACCUGAACCUGAACCUGAAACUGAACCUGAACCUGAGACUAGCCUGACAAUUUAUGCUGUGUGUGCAGGGCUUGGAGGCCUAUUAGCACUGGCUUUUUUGGUUGGUAUUGUGGUGGUUAUAAAAAGGAGAGCAAAGAAAAAAUCUGCAUCUGCUCAAGGAAGAGGUCUUGAACUAUCUGAAGAGGAAGGAAGAGCACUUAAAUCCACAAAGACGUAGAGUAUGAGGUCACUCCUCGUGAUCCUUCCACUGCUUUAUUUUUACACAAUAAUUUGUGCACAAUGUUCAUGAAAAAAUGUAAUUGUGAAAAUUGAGAGGAAACUACUCAAUGUAAAUAGAUAUUUCACCAAAAAAAUGGCAGUUCAAACAAGUUUUUUGGGGGGGCAGGUGUUGGUGGACUAUGCCUUUAUGGUGCAAUUUCACCUUUGUCUUUCACCUCAUCAUCAACCAUCCUGGAGGUGAAAAAAACAGAUUUGUAAGACUUAUUUAAAAGGGUGUUCAAGUACUGCAAAAAGGAGUUCAAUAUCAAAAUUUAAUUUGACAAUUAAUCUUGUAAAUGCUUAAAUGGAUGACAAAAGUGUCUUCUGUGUGCAAGUCUCAGGCAUGAGGGUAUGUAAAACAGCUACUGAAACACGUGACAUUUUCUUGUGCAAAGAAGACAAGCCCGGCUGGUUUGUUUCCCUGUCAAAUCUUGAGUACACAGUAAGCAAAUGGCGCUUUAAAAAUAAACACACCAUAAAGCCUGCAUCAAAGCUGAAUUCAUAUGAAGACAAACAUAUGGGUCUUAAAGAGAUAGUUCACACAAAAAUGAAAAAUCAUUCACUCACCCUCAAGUUGUUCCAAACCUGUAUGACUAUAUACGUUUUUGUUCUCAGAACAUUAUGAGGGUGAGUAAAUGAUGACAAAAUGAUCAUUUUUAGUGAGUGAUGGUAUUUCUUUUUAGCUCUUUUCUGUUUAAAAUUGCAUCAUGUGUGAUCACUGAUCACGUACCCCAUGCUUUCAACUGUAAUGAAGCAUUUAGUAUUACAAAACUGCAACCGUUAACAUCAUGUCUCCCAUGACAGAGAUCUUGGUAAUGAUCCGUAAACAUUUUCAUUUUUUUCCUCACUGUGACAUGUAGUAUAUUUCCUGUUCUAAUUUCUCUUCGGUUUCCAUUAAUGUGUCAACAAAGUCUGAAUCUACUGCUGAAUCUAAUAUCCUAGUCUAACAGCUGGCUGUGUAAACAGCGGCAGUUAGUGAGAGAAAGGCUGAUGAUGUCUAGAGAGCACAAUACAGAUUUGAUGGACACGGUUAUGUCACGUAAAGCUUCAUUGGUGGUCCUGUGUGGAAACACAGAUUAGUGAAACGGCUCUGUUAAUGUGCAUGCAUGACAUGACCAAUGCAUUCUCACCGAGGCUGGGCUGGCGGCCAACAUACUGUUUGUUAAAUAGCUAUUAAAGGCAUUUGAGUUACAAUGGAAUGGUCAUACUUGUUUAAAAGCUUUAAUCCAUAUUUGUGUUUUCACUACACAGGUGCGUUCUCAAUGUAUCCAAUGGAUUUAAAUGAUUUUCUUUUUAUAAUAACACCUUGAUUGCAUUCAAAAAUGCUGUCAAAUGUUUAAAAAACAGAUUUUGGAACAUAUAACGAUCUUGAUAAUUAACUGAACAUGCUGUAGCAACAUAACCAUGCAGAACUUGCUGAGUGAGACACAAAGAAAUAUUAAAAGAGGUGUUGAUGGACAACACUAAAUAAAAAUAUUUUUGAAAUAACCGAUUAGACUCCCUUUGCGUGAUUGAAGCCAGUGUGACACAUCUAAUCUGUAGUUUCUUGUUUUCUUUUCUUUUGAUGUAUGUCAAUGAUUUAUAACGAAGUUCCUAAACAUGAAUCAUCUAGUAAUGUAGACCAGUUAGACAGGCAAGUUUUUGGAUGGGCCAUGUUUGCUUUCACUUGUCAAAAUAAGCUGUCAACCUCCCUAACUGUCAUUAUGCAUUAUGCCAAAAGGCAAGAGUCAUAUUUCAUGGAUGUCAUUUGUGCUCCACAAACAACACACAUGUAUGUAUUUUUAUUAAACCUUCUGUCCUUUAUUUCUAACAUUUUGAAAAAUCUGUAAACCCUUAAUUCAUCAAUACCCAAGUUUGAUUUUAUUAAGGUUGUCUUGUAAGUUAAUAUUACCCAGGUUAUCUGGGUGCUGCAUGGUCUUGUCUUGUGUAACUCAUUUAAUGACAGCAUGCAAUGAAAGACAUUACCUUAAGCGUAUGAAAAGCAUGUCUCUCCCUCAGUUAUACCUGCAAGAUUCUAUCAGGCCUGUAAUGAAGUGCAUGUCCACUGGGGGGUGUCCUUUUUGUAAAGAAAAUUUAACAUCGCAUUUGUUGCGAUCUAACUGGCCAGCAGAUUUGACAGGAAUUACCUUGUAGUUUAUUGAUUUUAAUUAAAAAUGCAUGCAUGAAAGAAGGCUGUUUUUCUUUUCAGAGAGAGAAACACACCGACCUAUCAGACCUCAGUAUCUGGUUUCUUUUUUUUUCCAUUAAUGUUAAACAUGACACAUGAUAUGACUGUUUCCAAAAAAUGUCAGUUCCUAGAGAUGAGCCAUGUUUAUAACUCAAAUAUGUGUCAUGAGGCAAUGUGACUUUGCCGUACAGCAACACUAAAUCAAAAAAAUCACAUUAAUAAACUCAACCAACCAAGCAUAUUUGUGCAGACAGGAUAUGGCCCCUGAAAUAGCCCUGGAACAGCCUAACCGUACUAAAAACGCACACACAUACACACACAAACAAACACUAUGAGCUAGGAGUGAGUUCUAGGACAAAAAAACACUAGCGGCACAAGUCUUCUUGCCUUCUGAGGGGACUGAAAUUAAGGAGAGAGGAUCAUCAGGAAUGUCCAUCAAUUUAAACUUAUGUUAACAAGAAUGUGAUGGGCGUCUAGGUGAGAUAAUGGCUGUUCGAAUGAUGAAUUAGGUUGAAAAACCUGAAAAUCAAUCAACAGAGCAGGGUUAUAAAUAACACAACAUUUUAUGUGAUAAAUUAAUUACACUCUUUGCUGAUUAAAUAUUUUCAUAUCGCAAAAUGUACUGAGGAAAGCCCUCAAAUGAAAAUUAUUUAAAACAUGCAUGCAUAAUUGAACCUUUUUAUGAAAUUCACAUAUGGUUUAGGGAAUAUAAUUUUUUUUUUUUUUAAAUAAUAAAUUGUACUAAAUCAAUGCAUUGAACUGACAGCGCCAGUAAAGAGUUAAGGUUUUUAUUGUUUGAUUUUGUCCGAUAGCCAGUUUAUUUUCAUCUUGUUGAUUAUAUCAUGUUUACUAAUCCUCUCUUGAAGCAUUGUUUAGCUUUAUUCAUCUGUUUUUAUGGGACAAGCUGCCU